AUAUUCUAAGAAUCCACUGCAAGCACACAGCGCGUUUGACUUGUCAAGUCUCUCGUAGAGCGCGAAAGCAUGGGGAUCAUUGAUGUUGUUGCGUUAUGAAGAAGACGUCAGUUGUUCUAGAUGUCGGGUGAAGGGUUAGCUUUGCGAUCGGGUCUGUCGUCAGUCGGGGAUCUCGGAUCGCAGGAAUGCUAUUCGAGUAGCGAGGCCUCUUCUCGGCUUUGGGCCAGGCUUGAAAGAUCCGAGUACAAGCGAACUAGGGGAAAACAACGCAGGCAAAGUGGCACUGAAAAAACACACGAUAGGAAACGCGACAGAGAUGGACGAUCGGCGAGGAGAAACGCAAAGUUUAAGAGUAACAAUCAAUUAACCACGACAAGUUUUCAAGCUGAUAAACAAAUCUUUGGCAAUGAAGAGGCAGUGACUUCAAUCUGGGAAGUUUCUGGAAAAAAGACCCAGUUUUACAGUGAACAAUCUUUCAUAUCUCCUGACAAAGAAUUUGAAAGCUACACACCACACAGACUACAGAAGGGCUUGAGAAGGGACAAUAGACCCUAUAGCAUUCAUGAGAUUUCCCUGGAAACACAAGAUAUUGAAACAUACCAAGGCAAUGGCGAGCCACACACCCUAACAGGGCGUAAGCAUAGUUUAAUACAAGAAAGUCAGGAUAUUUGGAAGGAUAUGGACUACAGGGAAAGGAAACCACUUUCCCAUGAUUCUGAUCGCUUAGGAGAUUCAAAGAAAUUGGGCAAAGCUGGGCAGUGCUUGUCCAGGUCCCUAUCUUCAAGUUUAAGUUCUCAUGUUGGCUCUUCAGAUGAAAAGGAGGACUACCAGGGGAUUUAUUCUGCAUAUGACAUGACAGGAAGAUCACCUUAUGGCUCAUCAAUCAGCAGACGCUACAGCCAAUCAAGUUUGAGCUCAUCGAACACAUCCUGGCAACACUCCAGCAGCCAUAACAUCAAGGAACUUCCAUCUUUACUCGGUAGUGCACCUGAACGAAUACACCACAGAUCUCCAGUGCACAAUAGCAACCAUGAGAACUUCAAGAUCACAGACUUUAAUCGGAUUGAGAAGACUCCACCUAGUGUCCCUCCCAAGCCUACGCGAUUCAGCGCCAGCUGUACUAUAAAGCUGAGUUCCCGAAGCAAGGAUGGGGCUCAAGGUGAGGCAGUUUAUGAACGAACUGAGUCCAGCUCACCCAACAGCCCACGGGGCUAUCAAACAAGAAAAGCUGUACCAGUUAUUGACUUCACUAAACCAUCAACAGUUGUUGCUAUGCCUGUAAAGGGGCCUGAAGUAAAGCCAUCUGUUAGGGAAAUGGCUAAGCGGUUUAGUGCAAAUGUAACUCAUGUCUCAUCAGAAUGUCACUCUAGGAUUGAUGAUGAUACUAGACGAGUAAAGACCGAGACAUGGCCUAAGGUUGUAUCUGUGGUACCACAGGAGGGUACAUCUCCCAUAGAGGUGCCUCGAGGAACAGAUACGCCUGCACAAGUGCACCAUCAGCCAGGGUUAACUUACACUGCUCAUGAUGGCACCGUUGUUCAGCUUCGACAGAAAGACGACACUCGCAAGGAAGACUUGGCAUCUCACAGACUGAGUCUUCAGGAGUUGAUUCUAUUGCACGAAGAACAAAUCGCUUUGCAUACAAGGAGUGCGCAGGCCACUGUACAGAUGUACCUGAAAAGGUCAGCAUCUGAUGUUGGAAGGCGACCCGAGCCUGGUAUAUAUGGGCAAAAUAGUAAGGCUGAUACAAGGAGGUAUUCUGAGACACACAUGGGACACUCGAUAGAAAAUACUUUUGUUACUUCUGCGGGGGAGCUUGACCUGAAACUCGAGAUAAAGAAACCUGAGACAAAAAAACCUGAGUAUGAGGUAAGGGAAAUGACAUCACCGAGGAAUUCUCCGUUUAAGGUGAUAGAGCUCACUGACAAAUCAACUGGCAGUAUUAGUAGCUCAAGGGAGAGGUUACCACGAAUGAAGCGGCAUCGGACGAUUGGUAUCGUUGGGUUCCGCCACCAGAUUGAUAGAACACUUGAUGCCAAAACACAGUCGAAACCAAAGAGGCAUACGGCCAUUGGAAUAGUAAACCUUGAAGCUAUUUCAAUGAGUCAUCUUGAUUCCUCAGACGUGGCGUUUAACACUACACGGCCAAAAAGUGCUGGGCCAGAACUUAUAUCCCCAGAAGACGAUGAAUUGGUUACUAAAGUUAACGUAAAUGAAGAGAGGUUUCCACCUAAAGUAUUUGACUUUGAGACUCCCACUAGUUUACAAACACACCAAGAACCUGAGGCGACACAAAAGGUUAUGGACGAUGUUGAGGUUUCAGUUGAGACUCCUGUUGUUCUUGAACAAGCACAAGAAAGUUAUAGCAGUGUGCCCAAGAUGGAUCUGAACGAGGAAGACGGUCCGGUGGGUCCGCCAACCAUACGAAAAUACCAACCUAAACCAAGCCAGCCAGACUACGUACAACCUACUGACGGUGAGAAGAAAAUAGAAGAAGUCAGAAGGACCACGCUCUCCCCAAAUAGGGACACCCCUCCGAGUAUCAAGUCCCCAGUGGUGGAACUACAUAAGUCUGGAGUUGCUCGGUACAGAGCCAUGGUUUCAGCUCCUCAGUCAGAUGGUAAUGCCUUAGACUCUACUUCACCCAUAACGGACACAGCUCAAAUAACUCCUUCUAGACCAGUGGUAACAUCCAGUCCUCUUUCUGCGUCUGCCAACGUUAGCCCAAAGACUGUUGCUGAAGUUAUCCCCGUCCCUCGUCAUUCAGGAAUCUCUAAGUUCCCAGACACCAAGACGUCUCUUGCAUUUAAAGCACCACGGGAUCCAUGUUCAUUUGGUAACAAAAUCCAAGAAAAGAAGCAGUCAGGCCUUUCACCAUACGAGCCACAUAUGUUCCAAUUAUCUGGCAUUAAAUACCAAGAUAAGACUUCAUUGUCUGUGACUCCUCCUGAGCCGCUAUCAGCACAAGAGAUGUACCAAACGCGGCUUGCAAUGUGGAACCUAAUCCCGGGAUGGGAGGGUUCAAACAGCUCAACCUCGCGGGAUGGCUCGAGGGAGCGCCUGUCCAAGGAGCACCCUCUUCGAGAUGCCACUCCCAGAGGUAGUAGAACCAAGAUGUCAGAGGAGCGUGGCAAACACCACAUUGAUGACAAUGACAACCACAAGGCACUGCACCAAAGGACUGAAGAGUACUAUAUGAACAUUAUUGACAGACUUAAGCGAGACUACCAGUCUUUGAAGGAGAAGAGUGAGACCGAGAAGCGCGAGUUUCGGCAAAUGUAUGAGGAACAGAAAAAGGUGGCAAAUGCAUACCAGAAGCUGGAGGAUCGGUACCGAAGGAGGGUGCAUGAACUACAGGACGCUCUGGCUGGCUGCACGUGUAAGGGGACACUGAUGGUAUAUCAGAAAAGCAUGAAGUCAACUUCCGUCAGGAGUGAUGUAGACAGUGGAAGAUCUAAAGCGUCAAGCAUCAAAAGCCACGAUAUACAUAUUCUUGACGAGGUGGAAGAGUGGUUAAGCGAACAGUCCAAGAAUGCUAAGACGACAAAGGCGAAUAACGCGAGUAGGGAUAGUCUGAUCAGCUCAUCUUCCGACCUGACGGGGACAGGAUGGGACGAUCACUACGAAAUGAUGGGCGCUAUCGAUCAGCUAGAUGGAACACAUGUUUAACAGACUCCUUAACACAUGUGUAACAAGCAGUCGUAAACACAUGUGUAACAGACUCCUUGACACAUGUGUAACAAGCUCGUAAAUACAUGUGUUACCAUCUCGUGAACAUUUGUGUAACACUCAUGCACACUUGCGUGACAGACUUCUAAACACAUGUGUAACAAGCUUGUAAAAAAUUGUAACAGACUCGUGAACACAUGUGUGACAGGCUCUUAAAAACGUGUAACACGUGAACAUUUGUGUAAAAGACACCUAAAUACGUGUGUAACAGACUUCUAAACACAUGUGUAACAAACGCUUAAACCUGCGUAAGACGCUCAUGAACGCGUGUGUAAGAGGCCCGUAAACAUGUAAACAGACUCGUGAACACAUGUGUAACAGGCUCGUAAACACGUGUAACUGGGUAACAGACUCGUAAACACAUGUGUAACAGGCUCGUGAACAUGUGUAACAGGCUCGCGAACAAAUGUGUAACAGGCUCGUGAACAAAUGUGUAACAGGCUCGUGAAGAAAUGUGUAACAGGCUCGUGAACAUGUAUGACAGGCUCGUGAACAAAUGUGUAACAGGCUCGUGAACAAAUGUGUAACAGGCUCGUGGGCAUGUGUGACAGGCUCGUGAACAUGUAUAACAGGCCCGUGAACAAAUGUGUAACAGGCUCGUGAACAAAUGUGUAACAGGCUCGUGAACAAAUGUGUAACAGGCUCGUGAACAUGUGUAACAGGCUCGUGAACAAAUGUGUAACAGGCUCAUGAACAAAUGUGUAACAGGCUCGUGAACAUGUAUGACAGGCCCGUGAACAAAUGUGUAACAGGCUCGUGAACAAAUGUGUAACAGGCUCGUGGGCAUGUGUGACAGGCUCGUGAACAUGUAUAACAGGCCCGUGAACAAAUGUGUAACAGGCUCGUGAAGAAAUGUGUAACAGGCUCGUGAAGAAAUGUGUAACAGGCUCGUGAACAAAUGUGUAACAGGCUCGUGAACAAAUGUGUAACAGGCUCGUGGGCAUGUGUGACUGGCUUGUGGACACGUGUGUUAUUUCUAGGCCCGCAUUACCACUUUCCGCUGGUAGAAACAUGCCCACUGACGCAGUAUACUAAAAGCUGAUCAAUCAGCCAGAUAGAACACAUUUAUAACUUCACAAUAUUCGAGAUAGUAUGAUCAGCUUGGAAAAACAUACGUUACAAUAAAGACAUCACUGUCUACAGUUUAUCUGUUAGCCUGUUGUCGUGUCAUGCUUGCGUGACUUCAUAUUUGCGUGACAUCAUGCUUGCAUGGCGUCAUGGCUUGCAUGGCGUCAUGUUUGCGUAUCGAUUGAAAUUGUAUUGUUUGAUAAAAAAGUAUUUUGAUCUGACAUCAGUUACUUGAUUUAUGUAUUGUUUUUUUUUGAUAACUAAGAAACUUUUUGCAUUGCAUGUUUUUGUUUUAGUUGGUUUGAACUUUGCUAAAACUUUGCUUGUUGAUGCAGAUUUUAAGAACACAAAAAUGGAAGUUUUAUCCAGAUUAUUUAUUUUGAAUAUAUACUUAUAUACAUUAUUAUUUGCUGUAAUUGAUUCAAACGUUCAUAAUAAAGAAGCUUUACAUUUUGUUA